UUUGUAGAAAAUACACCCAUAAACAUGUUAUUUUAAGCCAUUUUUGAGCGUUUUGUAUAGAUAUAUCACUCUGUUUUGUACAAUAUUCAAUCUGCUAAGCCUUAUACAAAGUUUGUUCAUCAAAACAUGAUUGUGAAAUGUUGCAGAUACUUGAGGGAGGUGUCACAGAUCAGUGUGGCGAGGGAUUUCUCCAGCUCUCAAACUCUUUAAUUAAUUUAAAACCAUCUAGAGCGAUUUAAAAGAUUAAAAGCCAAAUUAUCAAAUCCACAGCAUGCAAUUAUGGGCAAUUACCACAAGUUUUAUUGGGUGAAUGACAAAAGGUUGUCGUAUAAAAACUAAAGCUUGUGGAAUAGCAUAGUAUUAACAGCAGAAGUUGUUGGGAUGUGAAAACGAGAAACAGGUAAGUGAAAAUAGUAAUCUAUAUCUGAAAACAUUUAUAUGUUUACUUGCCUUCGGGGUCACGGAUCAAAUUUUGCAGGGCAGAAUCAGCUAUGGCAACUUUAACCUUCGUUUACUAUCUCCUGACUGCAGUCUGUCUCAAUCUGGCUGUUCCAGUGGAGGAAACCAGGAGCAGGAGGACUAGAGAUAUGAGUAUAGAGGACUUAUAUCAACCAAUGCGUCCAGGUCAAUCAGGCUUUCCAUUUGUUUUCCUCAUGCCUACGGAUCAGUUUCCUGGAAUGCAACUUACGCCCAACAUUUCUCCAAGUAUCAUACGCCCAUAUUCACCUGGUUUCUACCCAUUUCGGUAUCCACAUCCCUAUCUACCCCCAUAUUUGCAUUCACAUCUACAUCGAUAUCCAUAUCUACAUCGAUAUCCACACCCUGGUCCACGCUUAUUCCCCUUCAGGCCAUCUGUGGCAGUGCAACCCCCUAUUAUCGUAGUGGACAGAGUACCGAGUCCCACCACAGUCUCCCCGACAGCCAGACCCCAAACCACAGCCAUUGCUGUUGGAUGAGGAGCAUCUUUCUGGAGCCCAAUCAACACUUUCAGCUAUCACAUAAAACAUGACUUGAUUGUGAAUCAAACUUGAAUUUAAUAGAUUGUUUAAUGUUUUUAUAAUAUUUUAAAUGUAUGCUUUUUUUGUUCUCAAACUAAUGUUUGGACUGGUGUUGAGUGAAAAAAUCAUGGAAAUAUUAAAUAUUAGUAAUCAAGUUUCUGUCUUAUCAUUUAGAGCAGGGGUUUGGGGUCCGGGAGGCACAGAAAGCCUAGGGGGUCUGUGAAAAUAUUUAAAGUAAAA